UAAAGAAUUUUUUUUCAUCAUAGUCCAUCAUAAACAUUGCAUUUCUCCAAAUCUCCAAGUCAAUGUCCUCUCGGUUUGAUUGUUGUUUUUGAGGAAUUACAAGUUCAUAUUUCAAGGCUUAAGUCCAGACAGCCAACUCAGCAUGUCUAAUAAAGCCUAUUCAAAGAGAUUUCUCAGUACAGGCUCGGUUUGAUCUCAGACAGGGGGUCUGUCAUGGAAUCCUGCCCAUGUCAGGAAUGUGAAUCCACCGCUGACUGACUUUUUAAAGAGAUGUUUCAAGGUGCAUGUCGCACUGACAUGCAGAAUAGAGGGCUUUUCUAAUUCAACUUUAUUCUCCUACCCACCAAGCCAUUCUUCAAGAUAAGCUGGUGGAAUGUAGGGAAUCUGGCAGGGGUGAGCGUGCAAGGGGGAGGGGAUACAGGAGGAGAUGGUGUGAGAUUUGUGAAACUCUGAUUGUAAAUGUCCUGAUUAGAGAUACCAGACUCUGUAGAGAGGAAGAGCGAGGGCACAAAGUACAAUCAACAAUGUGGAGUUAUGCACUACACAAUCUGUUGACCGGCUGUGUUUUCUCACAGCACUCGAGUGCUUUGAUUGUUUUUGGCUCUCAUUCAUGAUCCUCAGCGGCUGAAAGCUUUGACUCCCUGACAUUCCAGUAUCACUCCAGGCCUCCUCCCACAGGUGGGAAAUGGCACAGGAAGACCGUUUCUGUGUAUCCAUCUCACAGAUGGAACACCACAUUCUCUCAAAGCAACUUUCGGUGGUGAUAAGCAAGACACUCCCCCGCCCUCCACACAGCUAAUCGGUGAGCCGCAUUUGUUUUGGCGGUCAAUGCCUGCCAAGGUAGCUGAUAGCAUUGGAAAAACAGGGCAAAGUACGUGCGACAGUUGUGUUGGGGAAUACAGCCAAAUACUCUCCAUGGAGACGACAUGUUGUGGAGUAUGUUCUCUUUUUGGUCAUACAACAUUUACACUGUGACAAAGGUACACACUUUUGUUCUCUGGGGCUAUUUGAAAGUGAUCUAACAGGUAGAUGGAGUAUUGGUAAGCUUCACCAACACAUAUCCAUCCAUCCAUUUUCUUAACCGCUUAUCCUCACAUGGGUUGCGGGGAGUGCUGGAGCCUAUCCCAGCUGUCAACGGGAAGGAGGCGGGGUCCACCCUGAACUGGUUGCCAGCCAAUCGCAGGCCACAUAGAGACAGACAGCCGCACUCACAAGUAUGAUAUCUAUUUAUUCUUGCAUAUCAGCUGCUGUUGAUGGACGACAGACCUGUCAAUGGCCCACUCUGCAGGGGCCAUCUUGGCUCUUUAACAAUGGAAUCUCUUUGCACUGCUGUUAUCUGGGCUAUCAAGUGUAGUUGCAUUCCACUCCAUUCCAACAAGCCUGAAACUCCAUCUUGACUGUGUUUGUGUGUGUUGACUGUAAAUUGAAACAUUCAGUGGAAGGUAUUUUUUUUUUUACUCAGAAGAGAAAACAUUCCUCUAAUUGCAACAGUUUCUGGAGUAACAAAGUCUCAUUACUGACUUACAUAACCUGCAUGUUAAACCUCAUCGGAAAUGAGUCUUACUUCAGUGCAAAAAAAAUUCAACUCUUAACUGAGUAGGAUAGGUCGUGGUUGAAAUAUUCCUGGUUUAACCUAUGACAAGACCAAAUCAAAACAAUUAUUUGUGCAUCAAUGGAGGAGCACGAUCAAUUUUGAUAGAAUUGAUGAGACACGGCAGCUGAUCCGAAAAAGAGGCGUGUGGACAAUAAUCUGUUUAGUGGUGCACUAUGACUUGAAUGGCUAUCAUGACAUGAUGUCUCACUCAGUAUUAGUAACCGCGACACACCUGAAAUGUUUCAACGGGGUUCAUUGUCUUUGUUCUUUAAUCAUGCAAAUGCAAAACCAAGAUGUACCGCUACUACUCAUUUCCAUCGAGAUCCGGUUUAGAAUUUCUUGUUAUUUUUGAAGUGUCUACAUGCAAUUCCAUUCAAAGAAAUGAUGAACUGAUUACUCAAUGGCCACAUCAUCUCACAUUUUAUUCAUUCCCUUAGCACACUCUAACUGAUGAAGACAUUGACUGUGCCCUUGCCUUGCCCCGCCCUUGUUUUACUGGUUUCGGCUUAACCAGUUUAGCCUCUCCCUCUGUUUACUCCAUAUAACUCCACGCCAGUAGUACCUGUGGGAUCAUUGUGCUCCUGUACUGAAACAAGUCACUGAUUGUCACGGCAUCACUGCUGCGUUUGAGGGCAAACAAAUUGAACGUCAUGGCAUAUGAGCAGGACAACUGCCACCUGUGUAAGGAAUACCUCAGGGAUCCGGUAUCAAUUCCAUGUGGGCACAUUUUCUGCUCCAUUUGCCUGAAGACCUACUGGGACCAUGCAGACCACACGGGCACAUACUUGUGCCCUCAGUGCCGGGUCACCUACAACAAGAGGCCCACACCGAGACGCAUUGGAAGCUCUCGGAACUCUACCCUAACACGCAACUCAGACGCCUUCCCGCCUCCACCUCCGUCCCCUGACUACAACAUCGCCGGCCCGCAGGAUGUGGGCUGCGACAUCUGUGUGGGCAAGAAGAACAAAGCCAUCAAGACGUGCUUGAUGUGCCUGGCCUCCUAUUGCGAGAGGCAUCUCAAGCCCCAUUAUGAGUCGGCGACUUUUAAACGGCACAAACUGGUGGAUGAAAUCGGCCACCUGGACCGGCAGAUCUGUCCCCAGCAUCAGAAGGGUCUGGAGCUGUUCUGUCGCACUGACCAGAUGUGUAUCUGCGUGCUGUGUACGGUGAAAGAGCACAAAGGCCACGACAUGGUGUCUGCAGAGCAAGAGAGGGCGGACGAACAGCAACGCCUAGGUGCCACCCAGGCUGAGAUCCAGGAGAGGAUUCAUGAUCGAGUCAAACAGAUGGAGGAACUGAAACAAGCAGUAGAAACACUCAAGAAUUCAGCCCAGAGAGCAAUGCAGGAAUGUGAGAAGAUGUUUGCCGACAUGAUACGCUCCAUUGAGAGAAUGCAGCAAGAGAUGGCCAAGAUGAUCUCCACCAAUAAGCGGGCAGCACUCAACAAUGCCGAGGGUCACAUGGAGCGUCUGACCCACGAGAUCGCUGACCUGAAGAGGAGAGACAAUGAGAUCACUCAACUGUCCCGCACAGAGGACCACAUCCACUUCAUUCAGAGCUACCACAUGCUGAUAGCCCAGACUGAGGCUGAGGAGCUGCCCACGGUCACCGUGAACCCUUACUUCACGUUCGGCCCAGUUACGAAGGCCGUGUCCGAGAUGAAACAGCACAUGAACGAAUUUAGCAAUGAUGAACUAGUUAAAGUAGCCAAGACGGUUAACAAAAUGACCUUUUGUCAACUGGAGGAUUCCAAAAGGAAGCGCGCAUUAAAAGCAGAUGACGCUCCCAUGUACAGAUCUGUGCAUAUCCAGGAACCACAGCACAGGGAUGACUUCCUGAAAUAUGCUUGCCAACUCACUCUGGACCCAAACACAGCCUACCGACAGCUCCACCUCUCUCGAAGCAACAGGAAAGCAGCCCUCAAGAGAGACCCCCAGUCUUACAGUGACAGUGCCGCCAGGUUUGACUCCUUGCCCCAGGUUCUGUGUAUAGAGGCCCUCUCCGGUGGUGCCUACUACUGGGAGGUUGACUGGAGUGGGGAGGGGGCUGCCAUGGGUGUCACCUACAGAGGCAUCAAGAGGACGGGUUACGGAGACAGCUGCCGCAUCGGCUACAAUCGUAAAUCGUGGAGCCUGUUCUGCUCUGACUCCAGCUAUUCUGCACGCCACAACAAGGACCAGAUAGAGGUCAACGCACCAUACUCUUCUCGAAUUGGGGUCUUCCUGGACCACGCUGGGGGAACCCUCUCUUUUUACUCUCUUGGGGAAACAAUGUCUCUAAUUCACCGCUUUAAGGCCUCAUUUAGUGAGGCUGUCUAUCCUGGCUUUUGGGUCUGGUACGAGUCAUCCAUCACUCUCAUUCAGCUCUGAUAAGAACACAGUCCAAUAUUGUACAAUUAAGUUCUAAAUUCUGAGACAAGUGUAAUUUGACUGUCUCUCAUGAAUUUCAAAGGUAUAUACUUAUUUGGGUAGUUGGGGAAACUGUAUUGUUAAUGAAGAUGAAUACUGUAUUCUGUAGCAGUGUGGAUUUGUGCAAUCAUGCGAACAAAGUGCAUGAGUGUGCUGUAUACCUCUGUAUUUACAUGAGAAACUGUACUUGAUGGAAAUUCAUUUGCAUACGCCAUUAAUACAAGAUGUUUUUUUUUUUUUUCAACAAAGAUAUUAUGAAGGGGUGACUGAUGCAGUGGUUCCCUUGCCUGACUUUGGCACAGGCAGCACACGAUCAGUUCUCACUUAGUGACUGUGCGAAUGUGAGUGGAAAUUGUUGUCCAUGUCUCUAUAAGGCCUACAACUGACUGGUGACCAGUGUAGGGUAUUAUUUUUUUUUUUUUUUUGCCUUUUGCCUGAAGUCGGUUGCGAUAGGCUCCAGCACCCAAGGACCCUCACCGGGAUAAGUGCUGAGAAUGGAUGGAUGUAUUUUGCAAAGGUUUGUGGUGUUACUCUGGUUUCUGCUAUUGUUUUGUACAGUUGUUUCAUCACAUCUUAGAUAUAAGAUGGAUGGAUGGACUUUUCUCAUAUACUGCAUGUUAAAACAGUCUGUUUGAUCUGAAAUUAGACUAUCAUUAAAAUGAUCUUGAACAAAUCA